GAGGAGGAGGAGGAGGUGUUGUGAGGGAGCAGAGGAAGCAGGAAAAGGAGAGGAAGGAGACAUGACGCUGUGGUGCAGGAGAUGAGUGCAGGAGCUCGGACGCCAUCUUUGUCAGCGCCAUCGACGCCAUCACGAGGAGGCAGGAGGGCGAGAGCGGAGAGAGGAGGCGGGAAGGACCUCCAUCUUGUCUCUGCAUCCCAGGCAGGAAGACGCACCUGAGGACACGAAACCCUCUGAAGACGGACCGCUUCCUUCUCACUCUCACCUGGGAGGACUUGUGAACAGAAAGUAUCUACAUAAAUCCAAAUCUUGAUACAUAGAUCAAGGGAGGCAUAGAUGUAUGUAUAGAUGUAUGGGACAUCUUCAGUAGGUGCUGCUUUUUGCAAACCAUAAGCUGCUGAUCCUUAAGGUGCUCUGGCUCAACUCUGCUUCCCGCCAACCCCCCACAGUCACAGCAAUAAUAAUACUAAUAACAAUAAUAGAGCGGUCACAAGGACUCAGGCUGACGGCAGCGGGCAACAGGAUUGGGGGCGGGGUCUGUAAAGGCACCAUGGAGGCAGUCAUCCGUCCCCACGUGCCCUCCAAUGGCUGACUUGAGCCCGGCGGCAGCAGGCGCUCCUUUCCCGAGCCUCUUUGUGGUCCUCUUCCCAGACACCAUGUCUUGCCUCAGGCGUCAGCCGGUGGCCAUCCCCAUGGACACGGUCAAGAUCAUCCAGUCGGAGAAGUUCCCCAGGGAGUGCGCCGUGCCCGUCACCCAGCCCCGCUUCGCCCCGCCGCCCAGGGUGGCCUGGGGCGGCGAAGGCCAGAUCAUCGUCAACCAGGCCUGCGGUGACCUGACGCUGGACAUGGCGGCGCCGCCGCCCGCCAGGCCCGUGGCGCCCCCUCCGGCCCCGACCCUGCGCAGGGAGCCCAGCUUCUUAGCGCCGCGCAAAACCAGUGCCAACGAGAUCUGCUACCACCAGUUCCACUUCAAGAUGGAGGACGUCAUCGUCAACCAGUACGUGCUGCGCUCCUCCUCCACCUCGUCGUCCGCGUCCUCGUCCUCGGGGCCGAGCGCGGCCUGCGAGCCCCUAGACUGCCCCACCUGCGGACACACCUACAACUUCGCCGGCAAGCGCCCUCGCAUCCUGUCCUGCCUGCACUCGGUGUGCGAGGAGUGCCUGCAGAUCCUCUACGAGUCGUGUCCCAAGUACAAGUUCAUCUCCUGCCCCACCUGCCGCCGCGAGACGGUGCUGUUCACCGACUACGGCCUGGCGGCCCUCGCCAUCAACACCAGCAUCCUGAGCCGGCUGCCCGCCGACCCCAACGGGCCGGUGCAGUGGGGCGGGGACGCCGACCGCAGCUGCUACCAGACGGUGCGGCAGUACUGCCAGUCGGCCUGCACCUGCCACGUGGCCAACCCGCUGUCGUCCUGCGGCAUCAUGUAGGCAUGGUAGGGGGCGCCAUGGAAACGCUGCUCAGCCACACCUCGGUCGACUAUAAGCUCUCCAGUCCAGUACUUCACCACAGACGACUUGUCUCUAUAUUUAUCAGCACAGUCGGGUGCCGAGUGCUGGACCACUGAUGGAGAAACGGUAGAAAGAUGUAUUUUAUGUAUGAACUCCAUCCUCUUCACCUUCUCUCCUUUGCUGGGACGUGUCCAUCGUCUCUUCUCAUGGCAAUGAUCCAAUAAACAUUCUCUUCAAAACGUC